AACUGCUCCUUCUGCUAGAGCUGGGCCAGGCGCCAUGGCAGCAGCAAUGGCCGCCUCAGAAGACCCCAAGGACCAGAGAGCCAGCCCCAACGUCACAGGCCUUGAGACAGACCUGGAGACCAGCUCGAGUGGGAAGCCGGCCCGCCAUCAGAAGGCCAUCCCCUCUGCUCAUCUAACUUUCGUUAUUGAUUGUGCUCGUGGGAAACAGCUCUCCCUGGCAGCACCCUCGGCGCCACCCCGAGCCCCCAGUGCCAACCUAGGCCCUGUCACCUCUCCGAUGAAGACCUACAUCCUGUUCUGUGGGGAAAUCCAGCCCCAUCUAACUCAGGAGGCCCCCCUGGGUGGCAGAUGCCUUGCCCAGGCCAGGGGUACCUUGCCACCCUGUGGAGGGACUGGGGCCCCAGCUUCCUCUCCAGUCAGCCCACUCUGCCCCCAGGAGGCUCCUGAAGCCAAGGGGAGCCCCUUGAAGACUGUGCCCGCAAGGUCUUCAGCUUGGGGAACAGUCAUAGGCUCGCUCAAAGCCCUCUCCUCCUGUGUCUGUGGACAGGCAGAUUAACUGGAAGGGCCUGGCCAUGGAAGGGAGGGGUUGGCAUGCCAGGCUCAGUGCCCGGGGGCUGCAAUUCCCAGAGCCCACUACCUCUUCCCCAGCCAAGGAAGGAGCAUUAGAUCCACUAAAGGACAUCUGAAACAGCCACUGAGUACACACUCAAGGGUAUCCUACUUCCUCCUUCCUCCCUAUCUUUGCUAGCCUUUCAGCAGAAGCAGGAUAAGACACCUCCACAUGGAAAGAGACUAAUUCAUUCAUACAGCAAAUUCUAACGGAGCACCUUCUACAUGCCAGGCUCUGCAAAGUGCUAGAGAAGAUACCACAGCUUGCUUGGUGCUCA